GUGACGGACGCAUGACCGGGGGGGGGGCGGGGGGCUCACCCCAUGAUCUCAUCCCGCUGAGGAGCCGCUCAGCUCGGCACAACAGUUUCUCCAUGGCGUCCCCGCAGCAGUCAAGGAUUCAGUCGUAUCUGGAGAAGAAUAGAAUCGGACCUUUGUUCGAGGAGUUGAUGACCAAAUUGAUAACUGAGACUCCCGACCAUCCAAUCCCUUUUCUCAUUGAUCACCUGCAGACCAAGCAAGGCAGCCCAGGCAAGCUGCACAGAGCUCUCUCUGGCUCCGCAGCACUGUGGGCGCAGAGCUCCCCAGCAGAAAGCAAAAACCCCCGAAGGGAGAACAGCAACUAUGAGAAGCUGUGGCAAAUUCACCCAAAGAAACCCAAGAAGUCCAAGAGCGACCUGGCCGUCUCAAGUAUCUCGCCCCCUUCACCGGAAUCCAAGUCUUUGCCGCGGUCCAUCGAGUGCCCGUCCUGGGACUGGAGGGAGAGCCGUGACUUUGACGAGCUCAGCCACAUUCUGCAGGAGAGCAAGAAGCUGGGGAAGGCGCUGGAGAGUCUGUCCCGCAGUAUCGCCAUCUCCGACGAGCUCGACCAGAACUUGGGAGGCUACAACUCGAUGGUGCGCCCUCGGGUGGUGGGCGAGUGGGUUGGACGGGAAGAGGAGGACGCAGACCCGCUGGCUUCGGAGAUGCUGCGACCCCCCGUCCCUCGGGCGAAAACCCAAGCGUGCUGGAGCGGAGACGGCAGCCUGAAGAUGGAAACAAAGAGCAAAGGGCUGAAGGAGCAGCAGCAGCAUCACAAGAAGCUCUUGGCGGCCAUGUUGUUCCAGGACUCCUUCGAUUCGCUCCAAAGCCCCACCCCCUCGGUCGCAGAGGAAGAGAUGGAGGACGAGGACGAUGCGAUGGAGCUACUGGAGGACCUGGAUGACCUGCGCAUGGAGGGCGUGACGGGCCUGGCUCCGUCCGGCAGUAAGUUCAGCCAGGGGCGCAGCUCCUAUCAGACGGAACCGCAGGCCAAAGUUACUCUGAACAUCUGCUCCAGGUGUGCCAGGUUGCAGGGCGACAGCCUGUCAGACGCCAGAUCUGAAGAGGACCACAAGUCUCACGUGUCGGAACAAGCUGUACCUGACAUCUCAUCAGCUCCGUUGCCCGGAGUGGACACAGUGGCGGGACGUUUGCUGGAAUGCGACGCCUUGUCUCAAGUGUCGGGCUCUCGUCAGCCUGUCUGGGCGGCUGAUCUGAAGGCUGCGAGAGGUGGCGGCUCUGUCGGGCGCACCAGCCCGCUGCUGGGUGACUCCCUCUUUUCCAAAGAGCUGGAGAACAUGGGCAAGCAGCUCGCCGAGGUUGAGAAGGACCUGGCCAAGCUGGCAGAAGUAGGGAAGAUGACCACUCGGAGCGCCAACAAUCCGCACGGUAGCCUGAUCCACACCCCUCUGCGCCACAGAACCCUCCCCGACACACUCAACCUCACCGGCCUGCUCUCCGGGCCCCGGUCUCCGGCCGCCAGCCUCUCCGGCAAACCCUGCGGUUUUGGCCUCCCUCUGCUCAGCCCCAAGCCCACCUCCGUGGUCGUGGGUCGGACUCAUUCUCCCAGCAACCCCGGCAGCAGGACUCAAACCCCGAGGACGCCCAGCCGGCCCUUGACCCCGAAUAGUUUACUGACACGCUCCAGCUUCAGCCCCGGGCCUCAUAAGGAGGUGACCUUCAGGAGGUCGCGGAGCCGCCCCGUGACGCCGACGUGUCAGCCAGCGCGUCCUCGGCCGCUGCUCACCCCUCCGGGACUGAGCACCACGGACAGCCUCGGUGCCAGCCUACGGGCCUACCUGUCUGAGGAUGAGUUUUACCAGCAGUUGCAGGCCAUCCGACAGCCCUGGCAUGUUCCCAGUGACACGGAGAGUGACAUCCUGGAGCCUCCUGAACAGGAUAAGAGUGGUACACGCGAUGCAAAUAAAAGAUCUGUGUUUUCAGGCCUAUAGUGACGAAGACCAGAGACAUUGAUCCAUCAAACCAUUAUGCAAACCGCUGGACAUUUUGAAUAUGUGUACAGAGAAAAUUAUUUUUAUAAAUCAAUGGCUUAAAAAAAAAAAGAUUAUAUACCUUUUUCACUGAUAUUUCAUAGACAUUCUAAUGUAACUGUAUGAUACAAUGUCACAAUAUUACUCUAGAGUGUGGAAUAUUUAUUGUUUUGCUUUAUAGCAUGCUGUUGCACUUCCAUGUGGAAUCCAGAAACGGAUGCAUUUUUUUGUUGAGAAUUGUUUUUUUGAACCCUGGUGCAUUUUCAUGUUGUGAAGGCAGCACACCCCUCGUAAGGAAACAUCUAACAAUAUGCAUUGUUAAAAGAUAUAGCCUUUUUCCAGUAGCAAAUACGCAAGUUGUGCAAAGAACACAAGGAAUGCUGUUGUAUAAAUUAAAAUAAUGUUCCCAUUAUUCUGA